AUGCUCCAUCUCCGCCGCAGCAAGAGUGAGAAGCCCCCUCGUGCCGUGUACCGACGCUACGCUGGUGCGGUGGCCAUUCCAGCCGUCGGCGUCUUCGUGGGCCUGUACCCAUUCCUUCCCGUGUGCCAGUGGCACUCCUUCAUGGAGGAGGACAAUAUACCCGAGGACCCCAGCCAGUGGGUCUUGCGGUGGGUGGAUGCUGUGGCCUCCAUCGGGAUCACGGUUGUCGCAGCGCUGGCGGUGAAGGUCAAGCAUGCCGAGUCCAACUACAUCCGCCACGCCGUAUGGGCUAUCGUUGGCAGUUGGAUGCUGGUCGUCCUCCUAGCGGCCACCAUGUUCGUUGCGAAGAAGUAUCACCCCAUCCUCCAGCACGCCUCCUGGCAUCUGGAAGGUGUCAACUUCAUGUGGAUUGCUUGGCUCAUGGUCGACCGAAUCGCGGCACUGUGUGGUGGUGACAGCUUCGCCAUGUCGCACUCAGGUACGAUGAUCCGGACUGCCACAGCUUGCUUUCACAUGAGGAUCGUCACCGAGACCUUCCUUGGCUUCACGGACACCUCCCUAGCCAUCCAGCUCUUCUUCGCCUCGACCUUUCUGUUGCUGUGGUUCUUCCUGUGCCUGAACAUCGCAGUGUGCUUGAGCCGGUACCUCCGAAUUAUGCAGAAGGAAGCGUCGGCACGCCCGCUGCAUGGGGCCAAGGCCCUGCGUCUCACUCCCCUCAAGGUGGAGGAGCUGUGGGCGAUACGAGUGCUACGAUGUGAGCUCACCGCAUGCAUGCUCAUCACCUUCAGCACCACGACCUUGUGGUGGAUGCCGUACAAAGUCCUUGGCUGGGUCAUGACCAAGAGCUUCGCAGAUGCAACCUUGCUGAUCCCAGUGGUGGUGGCCCAUCGCUUCAACCACUUGAUCAAGGUGACCAGCGUUGCGUCGCUGUCAGGCUUACUCUGGAGUGGCACCAUCCCCAAGCCCGCACCGGCAUCGACACACAAAGGGCUCCAGGCCAAGAGCAACUCCUUGAAAUUGGGCGACGUCGACAUCUGGUCGGCUAAGGUGCAGGAGCUCGGAAAUCGAGGUGUGACUGUGCUCUCCUUGCUGGGCUUCUGGCGGCAGUUGAUGGAGGACAAGGUCAUGCCCAGCUUCGACCCCUUCAGAUCCACGACGAACGAUGUCGUCCGCCAGGCCAUCAUCCCGCUGACGCGCCAGGGUGAAGGAGGACGUGCCAUGUCCUCAAUCUGGGCGAAGGGGUUCGACAUGCCGGCUCAGUGCAUGGUCACCCACAACUGGUCCAACCUCUUCCUGCACCUCGUGGCCGCCAUCAUCGCGGACUCCCUCGGCGAGCGGUACUACGCAGACAUCGCAGCGUCGCUGGCCGCGGGCGGCGAGGCGAUGCAGCUGCUGGAAUCAAAGCUGCUGGAGCGGCCCGAGUGCGCAGGCAAAACCUAUUGGGUCUGCGCCUUCGCUGUCAACCAGCAUGCGUGCAUCUGCGACAACUUCGGCCGGCCCCCGGAGGGCGAAGCCGACUUCCGGGAAUGGGACUCCAAACGGCGCGACACGGUGACGGGGGAGCUGUAUGCGCCCUGCACGUGCAACGAGCCGAGGUUUUACAACCACGACGAGCCGGCGCUCUGCGAGAUGAACAAGUUUGAUGCCAUGAUGCGGCAUCUCAACCGCACGCUCCGGGGCUUCUCCCACCUGGUGGUGGCCGACACAAACUUCGAGGUGUUCACGCGAGCGUGGUGUAUUGCGGAGGUUGUGGAGGCGGGGAUGUCGGACAUCAGCCAGCGCAUUCUGCUCCACUCCCAGGAGACCCUGGACUGCAACUACCAGCGGCUCUCCUCCAUCGAUGUGCGCCACUGCCAGGCCACGCGGCCGGAGGAUAAAGCCAUGAUCCUCAGCAACAUCGAGGACUUCGACCAGUUCAACGCCGCAUUGCAGUUUGCCAUCUUCGGUACGGAAGGUCUCCUCAGCAAGUUCACGGACGGCCUGGGAGUGGCGCAGCAGGUCGGGCGCAUCGUGCACCGCGUGAGCACCUACGGCUGGCACCUGGGCUCAGGUUCCUCCAUCGGCAGGACCUCCACCAACACCUCCUCCUCAGACAGAGUCUGA